AUUUAAAUUUUCACACAUUCUUCGUGUGAAUAUUGCCACUUUCCGCUGAUAACAACUAAGCAACAUGAGUAAAAUACGGUACAGAUGUUGUGUGCCUGAGUGCAUGUCAUUUUGUCUGAUCGGGAAGCAGAAUAAGGAAAGGUUUUACCGGUGCCCGGAUCCUGAUCGGAUGAGUUCCGUUUAUUUACGACGGCAAGCAAAACUAAGGCUUGAUGCAUGGCGGAAAGUAAUUUCCGAGGAUCUCAUGCCGACUGGAAGAAUUUGCAGUAAACACUUCGUAUCAGGUCGACCGGCUUAUCUAGCAUGCACAAGUGAUGUUGAUUGGAUUCCAACGUUUUUAUUACCAAGCAAAAACACAAAUGGGGAUCCAAAUGAAAUGCAUGAAAUGGAAGGAAUUCAUGAAAACGUCUCGGUGCUUCGCAAUUCCGUAGCAAGUGGUGAUGAAAGUACAAUCCAUCCCAGUAACACACAUCCAGAUCCUUCAACAGAAAACAAUUAUGAUAUGUCUCGCCCUGCGAAUGACGAAAACGAUUCAUGCUCAUCUUCGGAGUUAACGCUUUCGUGUAACGGGGAUGAUCAUAUUUCUUUCGAUGAGCAGUCACAGCAAUUAUUCGAUGGAAAUUUACCUGAACAAGUAGAUGAAUCCUUUCGUGAGAAGUGCAAAAAAAGACAAACACGUAAUGUUUCUGUUCAAGCUACGCCACUAAUCAGAAGCCAUUUUACUCAAACCGAGUCAAUUCAAAUUAGAAACGAUCAAGAUGUACAGGAAAUUGAAAGAUUGAAGAGGGUCAUUGCAGUGCAAAAUGUGGAAAUGGAAGAUUUAAAGAAAACCAUAAGACGCACAAAAGUAGACAUGCAGAGUUUGAAAGACAGACCGUUAGAUGUGAAGUACUAUACCGGUCUUGACAAUUACCACGUAGUUGAGGCCAUUUUUCGACAAAUUGAACCACAUAUGACCGCACCACUCAAUCUUACAAAAGAACAAGUGUUCCUAAUGACGCUCCAGAAACUAAGAUUCGACUAUUUUUAUAAAUCGCUAAGCAUUUCUUACGAAGUGUGCCCUGCAACAACAUCGAAAUAUUUUUUAUCUACAAUAUACACUUUGUAUAAAAUAUUUUUCAACGUUGUGCACUGGCCAUCAAGGGACACUCUGAAGAAACAUACUCCACAGUGCUUCCGCGAUGCAUUCGGCGAUGACACUACUAUAAUAAUCGACUGUUUUGAAAUCCGUGGCCAACGUUCAUCGAACCCCAUUGCCGCAGCGCAACAGUGGUCCGAUUAUAAAAAAGGUAACACCAUGAAAUAUCUGGUUGGCAUCAGUCCAUCAGGAUGCGUAAUUUUCGUUUCAAGGGGCUAUGGAGGUAGAACAUCCGAUAAAUAUAUUAGUACUGACUGUGGAUUUCUUAACCACGUGUCCGAAGGUGACGUCAUAAUGGCUGAUCGCGGAUUUCUUAUAGAGGAAGAAAUUAAAAAGAAGAAUGCAAGACUGAAUAUUCCGGCUUUUAAGAAGUACGGUCCUCAACUAACUGCUUUGGACGUCGAAAAUACUCGGAAAAUAGCGAAUGUCCGAAUUCAUGUGGAACGAGUGAUUGGGAUGAUUCGAGAGAAGUAUCAGCUGUUGAAGGGACAUGUGCCAAUGACGCUGAUAAUGCGUCAACAUAACGGAAUUAUGGCAAUGGAUAUGAUAGUGUACGUUGCAGCGAUUCUUGUCAACAUAUGUAAACCCAUAAUUAAUUAAAAGUGUGUAAUAUGGAGAGUUCUAGUAUUACAAACGA